AUGGACUUUGGCGACUUGGCAUUGCAACUGGACGGUAUCGGCCAGGAUGCCAACCAGCAGGAAUCCUGGGCAGUACAGCAGGAUGGCUCGCUUAGACACUGUCCCACCAACAUCGUCAUCGGCGAGGGUGGGCUUCGGGACGGGGUCGGAGAGAUUGAAGUGGAUCAGACAAGUCUUCUUGGCCGUGGAGCGGGUGGCGUUGUGUGCCGUGCCGUGCACAAGCCCACAGGCAUGCCGCUGGCAGUGAAAGUGGUGAGAGUGGAGGACAAGGCAAAGCGUGAUCAGCUUAUCAAUGAGAUCCACACUCUCUUCCGAAUAACCAAGAGCCACUUCUUGAUCGAGCUCUACGACGCGUACGUGCACAAGGAGUCUGGCUGCGUCCAUGUGGCCUUAGAGUACAUGGACUAUGGUAGUUUGGCUGACGUCAAGCGGCGUGUCAAAGAAGUUCCGGAAGAUCUGCUGGCACUCAUCCUGAUGCAGAUUCUGGAGGGCCUCAAAAUCUUGCAUCUCAACAACGUGGUGCACCGAGACGUCAAGCUUGGGAACAUCCUUGUCAACUCGCGCGGAUCUGUGAAGGUCACCGACUUCGGCAUCUCCAAAAAUCUGGGAGAUUCGUUGACGGUUUGUGACACCUUCGUGGGCACUGCCACCCAUAUGUCUCCAGAGCGAAUUCUCGGGGAGGACUACAGCUUUGCGGCUGACAUCUGGAGCUUGGGUCUGUGCGUCUACGAGCUUGCUUGCGGUGUGUAUCCUUACGGGAGUGUCGCCUCCUUUCCGCUGCUCUUCGACAACUUAUGUCACAGGCCAGAGCCUCGUCUCCCCACGGGCCGCUUCUCAAGAGAACUUUGCCACUUCGUCGAAGUUCAACUGCUCAAGAAGCCGGAGAAGCGAUGGAGCGCGAUCGAACUGCAGGCAUCUGAUUUCAUCCUUGUCAACUUGCCCAAAGUCAGUGAGGCGGCCUUAAUCAGAUGGCUGGCAAGAAUCAUGGCAAGUGACGACGGCGAUGGAGUCUGA